AUGUACAUCAUCUCGAACUUAGUCAAAGUAACGAUACCCAACUAUUUAGCUGGGUUACCCAUUCCUGACUCCAUCGGGGGGUGGUUUCGCCUUGGAGUCAAGGAUUGGCUUGCUUUAAUUCCACCUGUAGUUGUGGUGGGAGGCAUUUCCUACUACUCAUAUGACACCAUCAAGAAGGCUCGUGCUGGUAGCAAUGGUCAAGUAAACCAGUGUGUUAGAAAGGAUCUCAACAAAGUUGUAGAUUUUAUUGAUAUUGAAGACAUUACUGAGAAGGUGUCCCUGUGCCGCUGUUGGAAAAGCAAAAACUGGCCAUACUGUGAUGGUGCCCACGGUGCCCACAACAAGGCAACGGGUGACAACACUGGCCCCGUUGUGGUCAAACACAAGGAAAACAAGUGA